AUGAGGAAAACGUACGGGUCAUCGAUGCUUUUCCGACUCGACAAUGAUCUCAGUACAUCCAAAUUUGAACACCAGCGAGACGAUGUCGCGAAAUCCAUCCAUUGCUGCGUGCACCACGAAGGCCUCGCGGAGGCCACAGCCCGCGAACACAUAGAAGAACUGAUCGAUGACUGCUGGAAAAAGUUGAACGGAGCGCGCAACGAACGCUUCACAGCCGUCGCCGUGAACUUGCCGCGGACGACACGCUGCUUUUACAUACAUGGGGAUGGGUUCGGAUCACCAGAGGUAGAAACGAAGGAUAGGAUCGUCUCUUUGUUCAUCGAACCCGUUCAAAUCUGA